GAACGCUUAACAUACGUUUUUCUGACAACAUAAAAUACUACUGAGGAUAUUUUGAAUAAACAAGUAAAUUGUGGAUUGUCUUAUGCAUCAAUAUCCACUUGGAAACCAUUACGUACCACUUGCAUGACCAAUCAAUGAGGAAGUCCAAUCACUGAUAGUGAACAGACACGACCAGUGUGUACAACCAACUGUCGAUAAGAACCAGUACGGCUGAAAUGCAAUGAUCUAUCACCGUCAUGAAGUAACACAACUAAAGCGUCUUUGGUAUCUGGUACAUGAUUCGGAACUCUGUUAUCGUAUUACUAAUAAAGUUGAAGAUCAUGUCUUUCUUUUUGUGAAGAGUGAAAUAGUUUCAUGGUGAUAUCAUUCCAGGGAUUGUUCCGCAAACUCCUGUUUUAUCGAUAAAUAAGAAACGUUUUUCGUUUUUAGUGUGUGUGUAGUGUUUUUUAUGUAGCCGAGUACAGUACUAGUACUUUAGACAGACCAUCAAAUACAGUUACAGCAUUUAAAACAAAAUCAUGAAAAUAUUAUUCCUGUGUUUCCUCUUGAUAGACUGUAAUUUCGUUGUUUAUCCACUGGACUUGCAGCCGUCGCAUAUACCUCUCCUGUUGGAAAUUCAGGACUUAUUCUGUUGUUCAUCGGAAUCAUGCCUUUUAACAAACUCUUCCACUCGAUCAGAUUUAAACCCGACACUGAAUCCAAACUCUUCAGACGAGCUUUUACCUACAAGUUUGCCAAUAUCUCACGCUCCUCUGCCUGUUAAGGUCGCAGGAAACCCUGAUGAAAAAUGCUGUGGAAGUUGUGAAUAUAUUAAAAAUGAUUGUCAUAUCACAGAUUCUUGCUGUCUCGAAGAAGCAUUGAAAAUUAAAACCAAAGAUCGAAUGACAUGUGAUUUUCCACAAUUACGACCGUUCGACGUAGCAUACCCGAACGUGGUGGAAAUGCAGAAGCUUAUGUUUAGAGAAUGCCCAAAAAUAAACAACGGUAACUUUGACACCAUCAACAAAUGUGAAAAUUCAAAAUGGUUUGAUGAAUAUAAAUCUAACCUUCCUGUAACAGAUGCUACUACAAUGUACAAUUACAGAAAUCGUUAUUGCGCAUAUUGUCAUAAUGUUACAGAGGAUAAGUUACACUACUGGGACGCUAGACUAGAAUGCCUACAUGGAAUAUCAAAGCCCCCGCAGAAUAUCAGCUCAAUACUUAAAACAAAAAGUUGCAAUCUGAAAUACUUUAGACCUGAAUCUCUUGGUUCCGAAGGACAGCUCCUCCAUAAUUGCCAUGUGAUGAUAUCAAAAUGUAAUGUUACUGGGUAUUGGAAACACUAUGACCCUUUACUUGAGGCUGCUUGCUUAGCCUACACUAAAGUAUUCAAUUUCAAAUACAGGAAUGUAUUUUGCUACUUAUGUAAUACAAACGACGCUUUCAGUCCCACGAAAUGUGAAGAAACUGGGAAAUUUGGUGUAGCAGCAAAUUAUAUGGCGCUUGUGAAACCGGAUGAUACUCCUGAAGAUGGAUGCUCUUUAAAUAACAUUUAUGAUCCUGUGAAGAAACUCUGCAGAGUCAUACAGUGUUUAUUCCCGAAAGAAUUUAAAAAAGGUCAAUGUGUUAGUACGGCUGAAUAUAUGGGAGGAGUCACAUACGGCAUAUUUUUAAAACUGACACCAUCUGAAGAUAUAAAAGUAUCCGAUCGUUUCUUAGUCAUUGACUUUGCUGACGACAUUAAAGAAGUAAUCAUAUCCUGGUUGAAAGUCAAACUUAAAGAUACAAGCUCUGUUUCUUUAUACAUUUAUGCUAAGUAUUACUCACCGUCCUCGGAAAUGGUUGACAAUGUCAAUAACAGUAUUGCCUACUUUGUUACUUAUGUUGAAAUAGCUUUUGGGAUUUUUUCUCCUGCUAGGUCAGGUGAUGUAGAAUAUAUGCUGUCGAUUCAUGAUACGUCCAUUGACACAGGAAAUCCUUUUAAAAAUAGUAAAGGUCUGAAAUAUAAAGUGGAAAUAGAUGUAUAUGAUGUUAAAAAUGUUAGUGCCCAACAGCUAUAUGAUCCAUCAUCAGGAAAACUAAAUCUUAUUUUGGGAGAGGGUGUAGAAACAAAUUAUCCAAAAACAAUACUGAGGACUCUACACAUGUGCCCUUUAAUACAAAUAAGUAGCACAAUGUAUAAUAUUCAACAACUUGCUAAUUCUGUUUAUAUUCAGGAGUUUAAUGCAUCUAUCAACAAAAAAGAAUUGAUUAUUGAAUUUAAGGACCAGAUUGCAAUUUCCGUUCGUAUGUGUUUGCAUACUUUUGAAAACUUUAUGCAGUCCGUUUCGGGAAUUGACACACAGUUGCAAAGGCAGAACAAGUGUAAAAUAAACACACUUUCUACAUACGCUAUUCUAACACUGGCAUGCUCCAGCAUUUCUUUGAUAUUUUCGGUCCUAACUCUGAUAAUUUAUUUUAUGUUCAAAGAACUAAAAUCUCAACCAGGUGUUAACAAUAUUGUACUGUGCAUAAGUUUAAUAAUUGCCCAGACAGUAUUCCAGUUGGGAAGUGCGCAGUCAUGUUACGUAUCAAAAGUAACAUGUCAAGUUAUCGGUGUAUCUGUACAUUUCUUUUGGCUCUUUCUUAUUUUCUGGAUGAACUCCUGCUGCAUUCACAUGUUUCGCGUUUUUCGAUGUGGCCAAGCUAAGAUUGCUUUUUUCAAUACCACAAAAACAACUUUGAUCUAUGUACUAUACAGCUUUUCUGCCUCCUUGAUACUUGUACUUAUUAACAUCAUUGUGUCUCUAAAUGAAAGCGCGGGAAAAGAUAUUGGGUAUGGAGGGUCUAUGUGUUAUAUCAGUAAAGGUCACAUGGUUGUUUACCUUUUCUCUUUACCUGUGGCAUUUAUUGUUUUCAUUAAUGUUGUUCUCUUUACUAUCGUUGUUGUACAGAUGAAACUGUUACCAAAAGUCCAAAACGAUAAGAACGAAAGAAACCUGUUACUCAUUUACGCCAAGCUGUCCACAUUGACAGGUGGCACAUGGCUCUUUGGGUUUCUAAGUUACUUUCUAAACGUUCCUGCUUUGGAUUAUAUAUUUACAAUCCUAAAUGCGUCGCAAGGAAUGUUCCUUUUCUUUGCGUUUGUAGCUAAUAGGCGUUCGCUGAAACUAUGUCUGAAAAAAGAUUAUGAACAAUCUGGAACUAACAGAACAAUGCACACUAACGUAGCAAGAGAUUUGCCAACGCUUGAACAACAAUGAAAUGUAGAUUUUGAAGUACGUAGAUAUGUAAAGUAAACAUCUAAUGACAAAAUAAAAAUAUGUGAUUAACAUUUGCAGCAAGGUCACAAAAGUCAUUCAAGAUAGUUAUCUAAAAGUUAAUAUCAUUUCUUUAUGUGAAAUAAUUUUGAAACGUUUAGCAUCGUCCUUUGUAUGGUUUCCAAUAAAUUAAAUGUAGGUAUCAUUUGUACGAAGUCUUUAUGUCUGCCACAGCUUUUGUGCAUAUCCUUCGAACUGGAUACGUGGCAAAUUUACAGACAGACAGAGGGGCGCAAUCAACAGAUUUGCUUUUUACGUUGAUGUCAUAUCUAAAAAGGCGGAUUGUGAAAUAAUAUGGGGAAUAUGAAUAUUAAAAAUAUACAUUUAAAACGAUACAUGAUUCAGCUUAUCCUAGUCCUGCCAAUGUGCCGAUCGGAAGAAAAGAACUUUAUUUAUUCACGGCUCAUCUACCACAAUAUUAUUACCAAUGCUGAGUUUGCCGUAAUUACUUCUGAUUAGUAACUCAAUUUGUAUCUUCAGUAUCAGAAAUGAGAAUGUUAUAACAUUAAACGUUUUCAAAUGCAGGUAUUGUUUUUUUUAAAAGGGCACAAUAAUGACAAAAUUUAAUCGUUGAAGAAUGGUGUUUAACCAAAACCAGUUGUACCCUAAUACAUUUCCAACAAAUAUAAGCAUGCCCUAUUUGUGUGCCUGUUUAUUUGUUUGUUUCAGGGCAAAGCUUAGAAAAAGCCUUAUGACCUUUCCCAUGCGUUUUAGAAAACAGAUGAGGUGUUAUUUUAUUGUUGUCCAAUGUAUCAGUUCUUGGCAUUGACGAUAUUUUCGUUUACCUAAAGUACGUUAACAAUAGUCAUUUUUAUGCCCCCGAAGGGAGGCAUAUAGUUUUUGAACUGUCUGUCGGUCUGUCGGUCUGUCCGCAAUUUUCGUGUCCGGUCCAUAUCUUUGUCAUCGAUGGAUGGAUUUUCAAAUAACUUGGCAUGAAUGUGUACCACAGUAAGACGACGUGCAGUGCGCAAGACCCAGGUCCGUAGCUCAAAGGUCAAGGUCACACUUAGACGUUAAAGGAUAGUGCAUUGAUGGGCGUGUCCGGUCCAUAUCUUUGUCAUCGAUGGAUGGAUUUUCAAAUAACUUGGCAUGAAUGUGUACCACAGUAAGACGACGUGCAGUGCGCAAGACCCAGGUCCGUAGCUCAAAGGUCAAGGUCACACUUAGACGUUAAAGAAUAGUGCAUUGAUGGGCGUGUCCGGUCCAUAUCUUUGUCAUCGAUGGAUGGAUUUUCAAAUAACUUGGCAUUAAUGUGUACCACAGUAAGACGACGUAUCGUGCGCAAGACCCACGUUCGUAGCUCAAAGGUCAAGGUCACACUUAGACGUUAAAGAUCAUUUUUCAUGAUAGUGCAUUGAUGGGCAUGUCCGGUCCAUAUCUUUGUCAUUCAUGCAUGGAUUUUAAAAUAACUAUGCAUGAAUGUGUGACACAGUAAGACGAUGUGUCGCGCGCAAGACCCAGCUCCGUAGGUCAAAGGUCCUAAACUUUAACAUCGGCCAUAACUAUUCAUUCAAAGUGCCAUCGGGGGCAUGUGUCAUCCUACGGAGACAGCUCUUGUUGACAUUGUUAUGCUUAUUUCUAUUCUAUGCAUUUGUGUCUGAUAUAGCUAUAAUAAAUGAAAGUAGAAAUAUUCGAUAGAAAUACAACAUUUAUUUUCGACGUUUUAAAUGAAAAUGUAUAACAAUAUACAAUGUGAUCUAAUAAUAAAUCUGUAAUUACUUAUAAUCAGUCAAGACUCGGAGCUAUAAAAAGUCGCUCUGAUAAUGAAAUUUAGUGGCCGCAAAAAGGUCGCGCAUGUAUUUCAAAGACAACAAAACUAGCAUUUUGAGAAAUCAUAAAUGUUAUAUAUAUUCUGUAAGAACUGUUUAUCUAUUGUUUUUUUUUAUCCGGUAACAUGUGUUGUCAACUGUUUUUAUGUGCAUCAGUAUUGUAACAUUACUACUAUACUCGUUCAGCGCCGCCGUACAAAGAGGGCUGAAAGUUGUGUGUUUUUAGACAACAAUUCCUUUUCUCGACGUUACAAUUAGCGUCAAACGGCAAAGCGGCGCGCUGAGAAAACAAGCCAAUAUCUAUUGAAUGUCGUCAAGGAUUAUACUUUAAAAUCCUUUGUAAUGUGUUAGAAUCGAAAUGAUAGAUUUGCCCUUGAAUGAAAUAAUUAUUUGUCGUUCAAAUGCGUAUGAUUAUAUCACUCGUACUGCACCCUCGUGAUAUAAUCCCUUCGCCUCAGAAAUCCAAACAAUGAUUUUAUUCAGUGACAAAUCACAAAAUGAGAUAUAUUAUCUCUUAAAUAUUAUUAUUGUUGUUCAGUGGAAUUUAUUUAUAAUUUGUACAGUUGUUCCAAAUUUCGCCAUACUUUCUCUCUGUUUUUCAAAUAUGUUUCCUUUUUUAAUACACCUUUCCCUUUUCGACUAAAAGACCCAAUACUAUAAUUCUGUGUACUGUUUUCUGUAUUAUAUUGAUUGAAAACAGCGAUAAUUACAGAUAGGAUUUUUUAAAAUCUAACUGAAAGUCGUGAGAAACAAAAAGAAGACAUCAAUAUGUUUGAAGAACUCAUCUAAUGUUUCUACUGAAGACUUUUAUUUCAUAUCUAUUUAUGCUUUGUUGUCACACACAAAGAGUAACAUUGUAUCUCAAUGUUGUGAAUUUGAUACUUAUUUACAACACUGGAUGAUUAUUCGGCAGUGCUAGUUCAUGCAUUUCAAAUAUCCUUUACUAGAACUGUUUGUAUAUUUUCUAGUUUUUGUUGUAACAUUGUUGUUAGAUUAUUUCUGCUUAACGUCGUUUAGUACCGCCAUGCGUUUUUAAACGUUGAUGCUACGCCUUAUAGCAUUUUGUUUACCCUGAUGAAGCCAAACGACAUAUGAGCCGUGCCACGAGAAAACCAACAUAGUGGCUUUGCGACCAGCAUGGAUCCAGACCAGCCUGUGCGCAGUCUGGUCAGGAUCCAUGCUGUUCGCUUCCAAAGCCAAUAGCAAUUAGAGAAACUGUUAGCGAACAGCAUGGAUCCCGACCAGACUGCGCGGAUGCGCAGGCUGGUCUUGAUCCAUGCUGGUCGCAAAGCCACUAUGUUGGUUUUCCCAUGGCGCGGCUCAUAUCUAAUGUAAAACAAUAUUCGUGCCUGGUGGUAUGUAUUUAUUUAUUUAUUUAUUUGAAUAUGUAAUACCACAUUUUGGAAUAUCACUUUGAGAUAUUGAAAAUUUAAAAACAUUGGCACGAUUAAUAAAGAUUUUCAUUUAAAUUAAUAUGCUAACUUUUAUAACUUCAAAAAAUAACAAUCGUAAAGUCAGUGCAAACACAUCAUUGUGAAGGGAUCAUGACUGGCUGUUACAGUUAAUGUUGUAUUUCACUUUAACACCUAUACUAACUUUUUCAAGAAUUUUCAUUCAUGCCUAUUUACACUUUUGUAUGUAACUGGAUACCAGAUCAAGUGUACGGUAAUCGUAAUCAAGAAUUGUAAUCAGCUGCACUCGAUUACAUUAAUAAAAGACAUCAGUAAUUAAACAUGUUUGUGAUUACAUGUAAACUCAAUGCAGUUGAUUACAUCAGACAAACAUGUGUAGUCUAAUUACAAUUAAAUUACAUUUCAUACUUGUUUGAAAUGUUAAUAGGCAGUUCUGGUCUACCUGUUAAACGUUUUAUGUCAUAAGUGUUUUAUAAUCAUUGAUAUAUUUCCUUCAGGGACAAAUCUGGCUCACGGAAGGCCGGUGGUUCUAUCAAGGUGCCCGCUCGUGAUGAAUAAUGCACGGAGGGGCACCCGGGGUCUUCCUCCAUCAUCAAAGCUGGAAAGUCGCCAUAUGACCUGUAAUUAUGUCGGUGAGACGUUAAACCAAACAAAAUAAAGAAAUAAUUCAGAGACAGAUAGUUCUGUAGUUAUUUAAAGAUGUGAACAACUAUAGUAGAUCAGUAACACUAGUGACUAUGUACCAACACCAUAGUACAGUAAUAUCGUUUUACUUCGGAAAAGACAUUAUUUAAACGAUUUGUACAUAUGAAAGGAUAUGCACAUUUUUACUGAACAUAGAGCGAGAUUUUGAAAGAAGAGACAGGCCUUGUUUAAAUUGCAGGAACUGUAUUAAUUUCAUGUUUGUCCAAAUUUAGUAAAUAAUGAGCUAUAAGUAGAUGGAAAUUAUUAUUAAGUUUUUAAUAUGGCCAUUGAUGUUUCAGAAGAUUCUAUAACCCAAAUUUGGUUAUGUUCUAUAUUCAAAAACAAGUUUCGUAUUAAGCGGUUCCCAAUUAAGUGAAUUUCAACUUCUAAAUGUUCACAUUUACCUACAAUUUGGUUUUCAUCAUUAUUUUAGUUCUUAAAAUAUAGUAAAUCUCUGAAGACCUUAUUACUGCAUUUCAGUAUCUUUGAGUGACAAGUAUUUUCAGAUUCAUAUAAAAAUAUACUCUCAUUAUUUAAAUUUUGAAAUGGGAAAUUGUUGAGAUUUCAUAAAAGAAAAUAGGCAGCAACAGACUGUAACACAAGUAAACAUGAAGUAAUUGUGAUGUAAUCGAUUACAUUUGUAAACAGGGUGAAACCACAAUGGCAAAAUAAAGCAAAGUAAUUGCAGUUUAAGAUUGCAAACCUUGCUUGAUACACAAUUUUAAAAAUGUACCCUGGCUGACUUUUAACUCAUUUACAACAAAAAUGACUACAUCAUAAAUAUAUAUGUAUUAUGCAUCUUUUAUAUAUCUCCAAGUGGAACUGUUUGUAUAAUGUCCUUUUAUCUGUUAUGUUUCUAUCUAAAUUAUGUUUAUAUGUGAGAAUACUUCUGUAAGUAGCAUUAUUUAUCACCGCAGAGCUGUUUCACACGUAAUGUUAUGUCAUGUGCUUUGAUUAUUAUGUUAACUGUAGCUUUGGUAAAGCAUAAAGUUAA